AUGAUAAUCACUCUCUCAUUCAUUGCAUGUGUUGGACCCGCAAUCGAUGGUCAGCCCGAAGACAUGCAGCAACAGAUCAUUCGCGAGACAUUCCAAUUGGUGUCCAAACGGGACGAAAAUGUCUGCAAUUUCCUCGAAGGCGGAAGUCUCAUCGGUGGAUCAGAUUAUAAGCUCAUUUACAGACAUUACGCCACUCUUUACUUUGUCUUUUGUGUGGACUCAUCCGAAAGCGAGUUAGGGAUACUCGACCUGAUCCAGGUUUUUGUGGAGACAUUAGACAAAUGCUUUGAAAACGUGUGCGAAUUGGACCUCAUUUUCCACGUCGAUAGGGUUCAUCACAUUCUGAAUGAGUUGGUAAUGGGAGGUAUGGUUUUGGAGACAAAUAUGUCUGAAAUAACGAACAGAAUUGAAGAGCAGAAUAAGAUUGAGAAACAAGAAGUGAGUCAAACCAUUGACUUGUCAUUUGCCGGUAUCAGUGCAGCGCCCGCUCGAGCCGUGUCUGCCAUGAAGUCGAUUAAUAUUCCUCAACAGAUCAAAGACAUGAAGUUACCGGAUCUGCCUAAUAUAAGCUCGCUCAAAUUCUGA